CAGAAUACCAGAUUCAUGCAAGUUAGCCCUCCCCGCGAAGCGGGUGGUGCGCUUUUAAAAAUUCAUCGCGAACCACUUGCCAGAGGAGUGUACGGAGGGGCCGGUCGCGGCUUCUCAAUCAUCGGUCAGUGCAGUAGAAUCAGGUGCCAUUGACGCUUCGAUCCAAGCAGCUUACACGAAGAACGAUCCUCUUCUUCUUUAAGCCAAGGUCAAUUAGUAGAUUUUUCCUCGAGAAACAUCAAGGAACUGGUUGGAGCACUUACAGUCGUCGGAACGUUCUCUUUGAAGAUAAGACAUGAUGUUCUCUUGGCUCAUGCUACUCCUGGUUGGCCAGUCGGUCGCAGUACCCUUUUACCGAGUGUCCAUUCAAGAAUAUUUAUUACCACCACCUCCGUGGAACCCGAAUGAAAAAGAAGCGGACGUAGAGUUCAUCAACACUAAAGGUUUCCGAAGAAACGCCGUGGAGAAUCCGGUGGUAACCGAGAAUACGUUGGACGAUACGAUCACUCAUGCGGAAUAUGGAUCCGAAAGAUUCCCAUUGCGUGAUGCGGUCGAAGCACCGCCAGCGAAUAAAAUAGACUUCCAUGCAGCCAGUCUACCUCUACAAGAUAACAGAGAGUUCAGUGGUCGAGUACCUUUGAGGGACGCUGUGGAGCACCGAGAGGCACCGUUCUUCAGCAACAUUGAUCACGAAUCGAUUUGGAUAGAACCUUUGGCUCCACCAACCCUCACACGAACACAUCAGAUCGUUGAUCCAAAAGUGGUGUGCCAUUUGGACUCCAGCGCGGUUCACAGAGUGGAACCGUUCUCUCUGUUCCCUCAGUCUCUUCCGGAUCAUAAGUGCAGUCAUUUAGUAUACGCUGCAGCCACUUUGGAUCCAGAGACGUUGGACAUAGUUUCUAAGGAUCCUGAAUAUGACGAGAUUAAAGGUGGAUAUAAAGCGGUAACGGGACAUCGAUUAAGGAACCCGGCUUUACAAGUGCUCGUCUCGAUCUCGACGCCAAACAGAGGAAAAUUGUUCACCGAAAUAACAAAGAACCACUGUACCCUUCGUUGCGAGAGACUGGCGAAGUCCAUCGUGACUUUCCUUCAAGACUACGACUUCGACGGGGUUGAAAUCGAUUGGGAAAAUUCAGCGGAGCAUUCGAACGAUCUGAAGCUUCUCCUGAAGACGCUCAGGAAGUUCUUGGAGGAGCACGAGUACAUCUUAGCGGUUGCGCAGAGACCGGAGGAUCCGGUGGAUCGGGAGAUCACCUCCGUCGCUGAUUUGGUCCUCCUGAGAGCGUGGAGGGAAAGUCCAGCGUUCAGACGGGAGAAACUAGCCCUUCACCCGGCUCCCUUGAAGUAUAUCGUGCGUGCAACCAACAGGUGGCUCCAACGAGUUCCACAGGAGCAUAGGUCCAAGAUCAUUCUUGGUAUACCGCUCUUUGGACAGGGGUACACGCUUAAGUUUGGCAACUUCACCGAUGCGGGGGCACCCAUCGUUGGUCCGGGCAUCGAGGGAGUCUAUAAUAAACAGCAGAAUGGACGGAUGGCUUAUUAUGAAAUCUGUGAGAAACUGGAGGACGGGUCGUGGAUCUCAGGGAGAGACGAAGAGGGACCCUACAUAAAACGCGGCGACCAAUGGGUGGGCUACGAGGACCCGCUGUCGGUGAAGAUAAAGGUUGCUUAUGUCAGAUCAACAGGACUGGGUGGUGUUUCUUUAUGGUCAGUCGAUUUGGACGAUUUUCAGGGUAUCUGCGGUAAUCCUUGGCCAAUGCUGAACGCCGCAAUCGAAUCAACAGGAUUCUACGACAAGCGACGAGUAAAAGACUGCACCACCGAAGGCCUCUUCAUCGACCCAGACAACUGUUCCGGAUUCUACUCCUGUUACAAUGGUGUGCAAUAUCAAGGUCAAUGUGGACAAGGAAGAUUCUUCGACUCCGUCAACGGACGUUGCGUCAAAACGACACCAGACACGUGCAAAACGAGACAAGUGGAUCGGUUUCAGGAAGGGUCGAGUGACAGACGAGAGACUCAGGAACCGCAACAUUUUGAAAUCUCCACAGACAAGGGGCCACGCGUGGUCUGUUACGUAACCUCGUGGUCCCUGUAUCGUAAAGGGGAUGGAAUGUUUGCGCCUGAGAGGCUGGACACGAGACUCUGCACCGAUGUGAUCUAUGCGUUCGCUGGGUUGAAUCCGGACACGCUGCUUAUACAACCGUUUGAUCCCUGGGCCGACAUAGAAAACAACUUGUACGAGCGAGUGACGACGAUGAAAGGCCCAAGAGUGCUGCUGGCGAUCGGAGGCUGGACGGACAGCACCGGUGACAAAUAUUCCCGUCUGAUAAGCAACGGGGCAGCCCGUCGCAAGUUCGUCGCCGCAACGAUAAACUUUCUGAGGAAGCACAAUUUCGAUGGGUUGUCCUUCGAGUGGAACUACCCGAGAUGCUGGCAGAGCGACUGCAGGAAAGGUCCCGACACCGACAAGCCAAACUUCACCAAGUUGAUACGAGAGUUAAGAAAGGAGUUCGAUCAGCAGGAACCGAAACUCACGCUGGCCGUCGCGUUGUCGGGGUACAAGGAGGUGAUCGACAGAGGCUAUGAAGUCCGCGAGAUUUCCAGAAUAGUGGACUUCAUGUCCGUGAUGACGUACGACUAUCACGGCGCUUGGGAGUCGAAGACGGGACACUUGUCGCCAUUGUUCGGGAACGCUCUUGAUGUUAAUCCAUACUACAACGUCAAUUCUACCGUGGAGUACCUUGUCAGUCUUGGAGCAGAUAAAUCAAAACUUCUGAUAGGCAUACCCUUGUACGGACAAGCCUACCGAUUGUCCAGCGAAGAUCUGAAUGACCUGGGUGACCCUGCAACUGGACCUGGAGCUGCUGGAGAAUUCACCAGACAGCCUGGCAUGCUCGCUUACUAUGAAAUCUGUGACAGAGUCAAGAAUAAGGGUUGGAAGAUUGGUUCAGGCCCGAGUGCUCAUUACAGAGAUCAGUGGGUGGGCUACGACGACAGAGAGAGCAUCUUCGCGAAAGGACGAUACAUUCUGCAAAAUGGUUUCGGUGGAGCCUCCUUGUGGACAGUGGAUUUGGACGACUUCUUAAAUCGCUGCUGCUCAGAACCGUUCCCCCUGUUGAAAAGCAUUAAUCGUGCUUUAGGACGUUUAAAAGGAAAAGUUUCUGAAGGCUGUCAACGACCACCCGAACCGGUCACACCUCAGCCUCCAACGUUGACACCUCACAGUGACGCUGUGGACGAAACUCCUCGACCGACCACACCGAUGGGGAAGCCAACCACGUGGCCGUCGUGGAGCGGGAAACCGAGUACCACCACUCAGUCCACGACCAGAACCACCUGGCCAACUUGGACUUGGACUCCGAAACCUACCAGUGCGGACACGACUAGUAAACCAGAUACAACGACGAGGAGCAGCACCACGUGGACUCAAUCGACCAGUAGCUCUUGGACCUCGACAUCCACUAGGCCAAGCAAGGAACCACCAGAAAGCACAGAAUCCACAGAAGAGGAUUCGGAUUCGAAGCCAGGAAGUCCUUGCAACGUUGGAGAAUACGUACCGGACCCUAUCAGCUGUAGCAAUUACUUCAGAUGCGUGCUGGGAGAACUACAGCGCGAGCAGUGCGCGCCAGGACUGCAUUGGGACGCAAGACGGGGUAUAUGCGACUGGCCAGCUGCAGCAAGAUGUCAAAUGCAAACAAGUUCAACAACGCGAAAGCCAAUGUGGAGCACCUCGAGGACAACCUUGAAACCAACAACGACGUGGUCGACUACGAAGCGUCCGACUCAGAAGCCGACUACAGAAAAGCCAUUUCAGAAACCGGGGAAGCGUUGCCAGCACGGUCAAUACUACGCUUAUCCAAAUUCCUGUACAAGUUUCCUAGUUUGCGUGAACGGAAACCUGGUGUCGCAACAGUGCGGUCCGGGACUGAAUUGGAACAACGAGAAGAACAUGUGCGACUGGGCGUUCAAGACUCCUUGCACCGAGAAACCCAUAAAAAGCGCCUCGCUAGUCGCUGCUGGCUCUAAAUCCACUCCAUGCAUUCCUGGAAGCUACUCCGGUGUCCCAGGAGACUGUCAGAGCUACCAGGCAUGUUUGUGGGGUCGUCACGAAGUGUUCCAAUGUGCUCCCGGCUUGCACUUCAAUCAACAAACUCGAAUCUGUGAUUGGCCUUCGCGUGCUAAUUGUCAGGAGAGUUCGACUGAGCAGGAUUCGACGAGCACUCUGAAACCUACCAGCCCUACGGCUUCACAUACUGAAGAACGUUGGGAAAGUACCACUCAGUCUACUUCUACCACACCGUCCGCUAUGAUAGACCCUGACAAAGUUUCUCCGCUAACUGGAUAUUAUAAAGUAGUUUGUUACUUCACAAACUGGGCCUGGUACCGAAGAGGAGUCGGCCGAUACCUUCCUGAAAACAUAGACCACACUCUGUGCACUCAUAUCGUGUACGGUUUCGCUGUCCUGGACUACUCGGACCUCAUCAUCAAGGCCCACGACUCAUGGGCUGAUUACGACAAUCAUUUCUACGAACGGGUCGUUGCGUACAAGAAGAGGGGCCUGAAGGUGUCCCUCGCGCUGGGAGGCUGGAACGACUCUGCCGGGGACAAAUAUAGUCGCUUGGUGAAUAACCCAGCAGCCAGAAAGAAGUUCAUUUCCCACGUCAUUCAGUUCUUAGAGAAGUACGACUUUGAUGGACUUGAUUUGGACUGGGAGUAUCCUGUCUGCUGGCAAGUCGACUGCAAGAAAGGUCCAGCUUCCGACAAGCAGGGCUUCGCGGAUCUACUGAGAGAACUGAGCAGUGAGAUGAGACCUAAGGGACUGUUACUCAGCUCUGCAGUGUCGCCGAGCAAGCAAGUGAUCGACAAAGGCUACGACGUUCCAGCUUUGGCUAAGUACUUGGACUGGAUCGCAGUGAUGACCUACGACUUCCACGGCCAGUGGGAUAAGAAAACCGGCCACGUAGCGCCGCUGUAUUAUCAUCCGGACGAUGACUACUCGUACUUCAACGCAAACUAUUCCAUCAACUACUGGAUAGCGAAGGGUGCUCCUCGCAGGAACAUCGUGAUGGGAAUGCCACUGUACGGUCAGUCGUUCUCCAUCAACGACCCCAGUGCCGGAACAGGACUGAACGCCCCUGCCAGCGCAGGACACGCCGGUGAAUUCACCAGAGCUGCCGGCUUCCUCGCGUACUACGAGAUCUGCGACAGAAUUCGGAACCGUGGCUGGACCGUCAUUCAGGACCCAGAACGCAGGAUGGGUCCGUACGCUUACAAAGGCAACCAGUGGGUCAGCUUCGACGACGUUGAAUCGAUUCGAAGGAAGUCUCAGUUCAUCAAAGACAUGGAUCUGGGUGGUGGAAUGGUCUGGGCUUUGGACCUCGACGACUUCCGCGGACGGUGCGACGAAGGGCCGCAUCCUUUGAUGCACACCAUUCAGAAGAUGCUGGCGGAGACUCCGAACAAAAUUGACGAACCCAACUAUCCAACUGACGAACAGAGUGUGGAGGAAGAUAGAGUACCAGUAGCAGCACCUACGGUAACACCUAGUACCGUCACAACGACUGUGCGUUCAUCGACGUCCAAGGAUCACCUGCAGAGUGACAGUGGAUACAAAAUGAUCUGUUACUUCACGAACUGGGCCUGGUACCGACAGGAGGGAGGGAAGUUCCUGCCUGAGGACAUAGACACCGACUUGUGCACCCACGUUCUCUACGGUUUCGCCGUGCUGGACGGAUCGCAGAUGAUCAUCAAGUCACACGACCCAUGGGCCGACAUUGAUAACAAGUUCUACGAGAGGGUAGCAGCUUUGAAGUCCAAAGGAGUGAAGGUGUUGAUGGCCAUAGGAGGCUGGAACGAUUCCGCAGGCGGUAAAUACAGUCGUCUCGUGAACUCCCCGUCUAUAAGACGUAGAUUCAUUGAAAACGUGAUACAGUUCAUUGAGAAAUAUGAGUUUGAGGGUCUGGAUUUGGACUGGGAAUACCCGGUGUGCUGGCAGGUGGACUGCAAUAAAGGCCCAGCUUCAGACAAGGAAGCCUUCGCUAGCUUUGUGAAGGAAUUAAGCGAAGAAUUUCGACCGAAAGGUUUAUUGUUGUCCGCUGCGGUCUCCCCUAGUAAACGAGUCAUCGAUGCUGGCUAUGAUGUGCCUGUCUUGGCCAAAUAUUUCGACUGGAUAUCUGUCAUGACGUACGAUUAUCACGGACAGUGGGACAAGAAGACUGGACAUGUUGCUCCUCUGUAUCCUCUGCCUAGCGAUUGGGAGCCGACCUUCAACGCGAACUUCUCGCUCAACUACUGGAUAGAAAAGGGCGCUCCUCCCAACAAGCUUGUGAUGGGGGUACCUUUGUACGGGCAAUCUUUCUCCUUGGCAGACAGAAACCAAAGAGGAUUGAAUGUACCUACUUAUGGAGGAGGGGAAGCUGGAGAAGCAACGAGAGCCAGGGGUUUCUUGUCGUACUACGAAAUAUGUGAGAGGACCUUGAAGAGAGGUUGGACCGUUGUCGAGGACAAGAAGAGACGCAUCGGACCCUAUGCUUACAAAGGUGAUCAAUGGGUCAGCUUCGACGACGCAAAGCAAGUGCAGCUUAAAGCAGAGUUGAUAAAGGACCUCGGCCUGGCGGGUGGCAUGGUCUGGGCGUUGGAUCUGGACGAUUUUAAGAACAGAUGCGGCUGUGAACCGAGUCCACUUUUGAGGACUUUGAAUAGAGUUCUAAGAAAUUAUCCGGAUGGUCCUUUAUGUCCAGUUACAAAUGAGUUUACAACAAUCGACGACGAGGAUUUUACCACAACGACAACCACUCAAAAACCGAGUUGGGAAGCUACUUCUCCGAGACCAACGUAUCUGCCACCAUCUCCCACGACUGAAGCAUCCAUAGACUCUGACGACACAAUCGAAAUAGACGCAGAGUCCCCGGCAGCAAGUGUACCCGAGGACUGCGGUGGUCGUGUGUUCAUUCCGCACAAACAGGACUGCUCCAAGUACUUCCUGUGCAAUUUCGGCAAGCUGACCGAACACUCGUGUCCACGGGGUCUGUACUGGAACGAGGACCGCUGCGACUGGCCGGAGAACACCAAAUGCAGGGACACCCAGCGACAGUCGAACGAGUUGCUGCCUCUCAUCUCUUCUGUGGAAACUAACGAGAAGAAGGUGAUCUGUUACCUGAUGGACUGGGCAGCGAAACGAGUAGGAGCAGGAAAGUUCUCGCCGGAGGAUAUAGAACCCAAUUUAUGCACACACAUUAUUUACGGACUCGCCAAGCUGGACCCAAAACAAUUAACUAUAGAAGAUAACAGACAAGAGAAGUUUCUUAGCCGGAUAGCAAGUCUAAGGAGCAAAGGACUGAAGGUGCUGCUAGGUCUGGGUGGCUGGGACGAAUCUGGGGAGAAGUACAGCAAAUUGGCUCACAGUUCGUUUGAAAGACAGAAAUUUGCACGCCAUGCUGCUGAGUACGUUGUAAACCACGGAUUCGACGGGCUGGAUCUUGUGUGGGAAUAUCCAGUAUGUUGGCAGAUGGACUGCAACCGAGGACCAUCCAGCGACCGAGCAGCCUUCGCAGCUCUGCUAAAAGAUCUGAACGCAACCUUCAAAUCCAAGGGCCUGUUACUUUCAGCAGCAGUGGCAGCCAGUAAAGACGUCAUCGACGUAGCUUACAGCAUUCCAGCCUUGGUACAAUACCUAGACUGGAUAGGCGUGAUGAGUUACGACUACCACGGGUACUGGGAUAGCAAAACUGGUCAUAUCGCCCCUCUCUAUGAUCCAUCUGACUUGAACGUAAACUUCUCGAUGACGUACUGGAUCGAGAAAGGCGUGCCUCCGAGCAAACUGUUAAUGGGUGUACCAACCUAUGGACAAAGCUUCACAUUAUCGAGGGAAACGAACACAACGGGUGCACAGAGUUCUGCACCUGGUUAUCCAGGAGAAUUCACCAAGUCUGCGGGAAUGCUUGCAUUCUAUGAGAUAUGCGAUAACGUGAAGUAUAGAGACUGGUCAGCAAUCAAAGACCCAAACAAUGGUCCAUACGCCACGAAGGGUGAUCAAUGGGUCAGUUACGAUGACGUGUCUACUGUAAUGAAGAAGGCUGAAGUUAUCAGAGAGCUGAAUCUUGGGGGCGCGAUGAUCUGGUCUUUGGACCUGGACGACUUCAAAGGCCAGUGCGCAUGUGAUAGGUAUCCUUUAGUCACGGCGCUGAGUCAAGGAGUAAGAGGAGAAUUGGAUCACAGGAUGGACUGCACUUGAAGCGAACGUGCUUCGAGGAAGAUACGCGAAUGGUUUACGGACAAUAAUUCUUUGACGUGCGUUCCACUAUCAUCGAUGUCGAUAAAUCUCGGAUCGCUUGAGAAAAAGUAUCAUCUAACAUAACCACUAUCGUUGCAGUACCAUCGUGUCACAAAAAUUGCAUUACGAAAGAGAAAUCUACUGACGUAACUUUGAUAAAUACAGAACCGCGUGUUUAACAAGAGAAAAAUACGAGUCGAACGAUUGCGAAAUUUUUAAGUUCCUUCUCUCACGAAUAGUUACUGCUAUUCAAUGUACAGUUAGAUGCAAUGUAGACUUUCUUCAGAUAAAACGCAAAGGCGUUUCUACUUGAAAAUCAAAUAUGUAAACUUUGAAAUUUCUAAAUUUUCAAAUUCUCAAAUUUUAGUUUACAUGUUUAAUCUUCUGAAAUAGAAAGCAAGUGGGACACUGCGUUCUUUGAAUUAUCUGAAAGGACGCCUACAUUGCAGCCAAUUGUAUGUACAUAUGUACAUAUGCACAUCAUGUGGCACUGCAAACGACACAUUAAAAGAUAAAUAUUGUACAAUAGUUCGAUGUAGCAGCUAAUUAUGUAAGUCGAAUGUAACGUUUCAAGUUCAUCUUUAAGAAAAAAGAAUUCGUAGAGAUAAAUAACGCAGACGGAAAACAUAUGCGAGAAGAAAAAUUUUCUUGUGUGAAUGGUAACUGUCGCAGAAACUCUUCCAGGUGACGUACCGGUAAUGUUACACAUGAAUUGAAAAAAAUUGUUAACGCGUCCUCGAGGAAGACGAUACUUUUAAUCGAUCUCGUUAGAGCACGAUAUACGGGCGAUAACUUACUUAAUUAUACACGCAAUUUUCAUGGAAUAUAUUUUGCGAGUAUACGAUUUUAAAUACAACGUGUCGUUAAAUAAAUC